UUCUUCUCGAUUGGAACAUAUUUGAGGAAGUGGAAGUUCUAUUUUCACCUCAAAUCGUUUUAUCUCAAGUCACUCGCUCAGAACCUUGUCGACCCGACGAUUAGCAAAUUGUGACAACGAUUUUGCUGGUGUUUCGACAUUUCUUCCCUCGACUGUGCCUGGAUUUGUGUGUCUCUGAAUGUGAAGAAAGCUGAUCGGCGAGUAGACUUCUGGUUAAUGUCUGGUGGCGGAAUCCUUGCGUUAAUUGUCAAUUGUAGUAAUUUACGAAAGCAAUUUGGGAAGGGAGUGAGAAGAAAAAAGAUGUGGCAAGUGUUUGUAAACAUUUGGACUGGGUCUGAAGCGCUGCCUCGCGAAUUAUUUAUACGGUGGGGAUCAUCUCUCAGCUGCUCUCACUGGCUUGGGACAGCUCCAAGGAGGCUGGCAAAGACACUGUUUACACUUGGAGGCAGCCGCAGAAUGUACGGGAUGAAUUUAUGUUAGAAUGCUCAUUUGCGCGGGUCAUUGAUUGCUCGAUUGUGGCCAAAGUGUGAAGCUGUGCAGUGUUGAAAUGCGUGUCGUCAUUGACUUGCGACUGGCGCUUUUCCGCGGUUCAUUUAGCGGAUAAAGAGAUGAUCUUAAAAAUAAAGAUUCACAAAGGAAUCAUCACUUCGAGGAAACUAACAAAGAGAUCCAUUUAAUGGCCUAACUUGAGAAGCGAAUGAAGAAUCGCGAGGGAGUUUGUUUACAGACUCAGGGCGUGUUUAGAACCUUCGAAUCGAGAUAGAAAUAGACUUGGGACAUUUUUCUCAGCUCGCGCGUCUUACGCAAAAAUCACAUUCGCUCUACUUUUAUCUGUGUUAAUCAAAUAGAGUUAGAGAUUUGUCUCUUGAAUCUUUAAAUUGUAUUUGACAAACUUUGCGUGGCAAUUAACGAAACUUGUCGUCUUGCCUAUUAAAUGCUAGAAAAAGCAAUGCCCCACUUUCGAUGGAGGAAACUCGCUUUUGUGUCUCUUGCUGGGAAGAGGAGUAAAUGAAUGAUUCUUUAUUGCAAUGAUAUGACAAUGUACGAUUGACUCUUUGGCCAAAAUUCUGGGAAAGAUAGAGAGUAAAUUGAUCCAGAGAAAUGUGCAGAAAGACAUAAAAAUUGAAUACAAAGUGCUAAACUGGUGAUAAUCAAUCUGCCAGUCAAAAUAGACGUGAAAAAAGAGUGGAUGUCUUGCAAGAUGUUCCGCUUCUCGAAGGCAGAAAGACGGCCACUCGGGCGAAAGGAAUCAAAGCCAAACUGUAAUCCGUUAAUUUUAGACAACACUCGAUGGGAGAAAAGACUUCAGAAAGAGCUGAUGUCGCUGAUCAAGGAGCCGCCGCCGGGGGUUCGCGUGGAUCCGGAGAGCAUCAGCCAGAACCUCUCGCAAUGGAUCAUUCACAUGCAAGGCGUGGAGGGGACGCUGUAUGAGGGGGAGCACUUCGAGCUCCUGUUCAAAUUCAACAAUAAAUACCCUUUCGACUCACCAGAGGUGACUUUCGUAGGUUCAAAUAUUCCAAUUCACCCGCAUGUGUACUCCAAUGGCCACAUUUGCUUAUCAAUUCUCACUGACGACUGGUCUCCAGCGUUGUCGGUUCAGUCCGUGUGCUUGAGCAUUUCGUCCAUGCUGAGUAGCUGCCAAGAGAAGAAGCGUCCGCCGGACAAUACGCUUUACGUAAAGACAUGCAAUAAGAACCCUAAGAAGACUAAGUGGUGGUAUCACGAUGAUUCGGUUUAACUCGGAAGAUUCCAGAAUCGACUUUGUAAAUGUUGUCAAGACGAUAAAAA